AUGAUGUUCUCAAGAAGCGUCUCCAAAUAUCGCCAGAAUGGUCGAUUUCCCAUGCUUUGCUUCCUUCAUCCAAAAACCAAGAUGCCUUUGCUGCGUUCAGGACAACCCCUGGCAGGCUCCAGCGGCAAGCGCAAGUACGAGGAUGAACAGAUGCUGCGCAUGGUGCUCAGCACGGCCGACGUCAAACAAGGCCUCAUCUUAGACACCCGUACAUCGAGUGUCGCGAGCACCCACCGCAGCAAGGGUGGUGGUCUCGAAGUAAUUGACAAGUACUACGGAUGGAGUCGGAAAAUGCUUGACAUUGCAGCCUGGCCCAUCCUUGCUGAUUCCCUCUCCAAGCUGCUGGAAGCGUGUCAGGAUCCCUCGCUAGACGCCAGCAAGUUUUUGGAAAAGUUGAACGCGAGCAAUUGGCUGAGCACGGUGCGCGAUGCACUGUCCGCGGCCCUUCAAGCUGUCACCUGCUUGGAGCACGAACAGCAACCUGUCGUGGUCCACGGAUCACAUGGAACCGACAUCACCUGCAUUGUCGUGGCCCUGGCUCAAUUGUACAUGGACCCAUACUUUCGAACCUUGGAAGGCUUUUGCAAACUAGUGGAGAAGGAGUGGCUACAUGCCGGCCACCCAUUCGCAUCGCGUUGGUCACCGUUGACACGCCACAACAAAACCGAACGUGCCCCGGUUUUUUUGCUCUUUCUCGAUUGUGUUUAUCAGAGCUACUUUCAAUUUUGCGCCGCUUUCGAGUUUAAUGAGAGCUUCUUGAUGGAGCUGUAUAUGCAGUCAUACAGCUGUGUUUUCGGCACAUUCGUCGGGGACUGUGAGGCCAUGCGAGCUGCUGAGCAAUUGGACAAGAAGACUCGUUGCUUUUGGCGCCAUGCCCUCUCGUUACUGGGAGCUGCCGCCCCUCGCAAGGCUGGCGGCUGA